AUGAUGUUUCGCAACCAGCUGCUCCAAUGUCUCAUGGUGUCUCUCUCCCUCUGGUCGCUUGCGCUGGCGGCCAACCCCCGGGUGACAGACCGUGCCAUGCACCAUGAGUCUCAGUCACUCCAGGACGCCUUGGCGAGCAUCAAUGCCACUUCCUUUCAUGAGGCGCUGCACGUCCUGUCUCGUCGAUUCCAGCACGGCAUAUUCGAGACUGACAUGAGUGCCGCCGAAGUCAUGCAACGGGAGGACGAGAGAAUCGCAACCUUGGUGAGCUUGGCCAAGCGAGACGGCAACUCGACCGCAUCUCCGGUGACCGUGACAUCCCAAGAGCCCACGACCUCUCCGGAUCCCGUCACCUCACCCGUGCCCAUCACCACGAGCAUAGCACCCACCGAGGCGCCGACCACCAGCCUCGCCCCCGUGACGACUGCCCAACCUACCACGGUGGUCGCUCCCACGACCUCUGAGCCCACUCCGAUUGUGGAACCGACCACGACCAAGGCUGAGACGACUUCGAGCUCGACCUCAACCACGUCAAGCUCCACCUCCAGCCAGGCUCCCACAACACAGGCACCUCUGCCCACCACGUCGACCAAGUCGCCAGAGCCUUCCACGUCGUCAUCUGAAGAGGUGCUUCCUACCACCUCGGCCAGCAGUACGACACAGUCGACCCUCUCCACGACCACCAGCCGCCCCCCGUCCUCCUCAUCCACCUCUUCAGAAACCACGGACAGUUCCUUCACGACGACCUUCAAGAGCACUUCCACGAAGCCCGAUGGUAGCCUGACCACGCUGACUUCGACCGCCAUUGUCCACGUCCGCCCGACGGGCGCGUCAGCCCAGUCGGCCACCAAGGCGGGCGCCGCGCCUGGCCUGCAGACUACCGGAGCUGCCGUCAUGAACACUGCCAACCGAUCGUGGGAAGUGAUGGCCAUGGUCUGGGGUGCGAUCAUGGCUGCCAUGGCGCUCUAA